CUGACCCCGGUGUCUGGUCUCUCCGUCUUCCUGUUCCAAACCACGUGGACGCGCCGAGGGGCUGCAGGGGAUGCGGGGCUAAAAAGCGGCCACCCGGAGCCACCACCGUCACUGUCACCGGGGGUGGGGGUUGGCGGGGGUCGCGAUCCGCGUGCCCCAUCCGAAGUCGCGGAGUCCCGGGCUCUGGUGGUCGGUGCCUCGGCGUCCGGGCGCGCACAUGGCGACCCAGACGCACUCCCUCAGCUACGCGGGGUGCAACUUCUUACGACAGCGGCUGGUCCUGUCCACCCUGAGCGGCCGCCCCGUCAAAAUCCGGAAGAUUCGGGCCAGAGAGGACAGCCCGGGCCUCCGAGAUUUUGAAGCCAGCUUCAUAAGGCUGUUAGACAAAAUAACUAAUGGCUCUCGAAUCGAAAUAAACCAAACAGGAACAACAUUGUAUUAUCAGCCUGGCCUUCUGUAUGGUGGAUCUGUGGAACAUGACUGUAGCAUCCUUCGAAGCAUUGGCUAUUACUUAGAAGGACUCCUUUGCCUGGCUCCAUUUAUGAAGCACCCGUUAAAAAUAGUUCUGCGAGGAGUGACCAAUGACCAAGUUGAUCCUUCAGUUGAUGUUCUUAAGGCAACAGCACUCCCUUUGUUGAAACAGUUUGGGAUUGAUGGAGAAUCGUUUGAGCUAAAGAUUGUACGACGAGGAAUGCCUCCUGGAGGAGGUGGUGAAGUACUUUUCUCUUGUCCUGUAAGAAAGGUUCUGAAGCCUAUUCAGCUCACGGAUCCAGGAAAAAUCAAACGAAUCAGAGGAAUGGCGUACUCCGUGCGUGUGUCACCUCAGAUGGCAAACCGAAUUGUGGAGUCUGCAAGGAGUAUCCUCAACAAGUUCAUACCUGAUAUCUAUAUUUACACCGACCACAUGAAAGGACUCAACUCUGGGAAAUCUCCAGGCUUUGGGUUGUCAUUGGUUGCUGAGACCACCAAUGGCACCUUCCUCAGUGCUGAAUUGGCCUCCAACCCCCAGGGCCAGGGAGCAGCGGUGCUUCCAGAGGACCUCGGUAGGAACUGUGCCCGGCUGCUGCUGGAAGAAAUCUACAGGGGUGGGUGUGUGGACUCAACCAACCAAAGUCUGGCCCUACUGCUCAUGACCCUUGGACAGCAGGAUGUUUCCAAAGUUCUGCUAGGACCACUUUCCCCUUACACGAUAGAGUUUUUGCGCCAUUUGAAGAGCUUUUUCCAGAUUAUGUUUAAAAUUGAAACCAAACCCUGUGGUGAAGAACUCAAAGGCGGGGACAAAGUGCUGAUGACCUGUGUUGGCAUCGGCUUCUCCAACCUCAGCAAGACCCUUAAGUGACACGUUCGCAAGAGAUGGCCAUCAGACAAGGCAGAAGCUGCGGAGACACCGAAGGGACCAGGUCCACAGGCACUCGUACCUGGGACAAGCCAUAUAUUAAGGACUUUCUUGAGUGUCUACUAAAAAUAUCAGUAUGCAAAUACAAAUCAAGGACAUCUUAUUUUCGAGCUAUUUCUCCAGUGAUGUUAAUAUUCCUCAGAAACUCAGUCAACCUACAGCAUCCCUAGCCAGCCUGGAGGAAGGCUUGCUAGGACAGUAUCCUCCAGCAUUCCUGUGCUUCCUCUAGCUCACAUCCAUCCCUGGCCUUCUGUCCUGUAGCCAUUGUCCAUGCCUGUCAACCUGUUGCAGCUCUUGCUGCAAGGAUUUUCAACAUUUUUUUUUU